GUGGGCUCGUCGUGAGCCCGGACGGGACUUUUUUUUUUUCUUUUCUUUUUUUUAAUGGAGAGUAGAUUUGGGGCGGCGGGCGGGGGGGUCGCUUUCUCUCCCCCCCCCCUUUUAUUUUUCUUUUUUUGGCUUUUUUCCUCCCCUUUCCGGGAGGCGGCGGGGCGCGGCGCGGCGGUGAGUGGGGGAGCACGCGUGGGCGUGGGCGUGGGCGCGGGGGCGGCGGGGGGCGGGCAGGGAGCGGCGGAGGAGGGGGCCGGGGCCGAGGAGGCAGGCGCGGAGGGCCCUUCCCGAGGAGUUGGGCUGUAGUGACAGGCGAGAGGGGAGGGGAGGGAGGGGAGAGAGUAAAACCCACCGGCGCGGCGGCGGGGAGGGCACUUCGCGAGAGGCGAGGGCCGGCGCCGGAGCGGAGGCGGCGGCGGACGGCGGCGAGCGCCCGGGCGGAGGGGCGGGAGGCAGCCCGCGCAUCCCCCGCGCAUCCCCCGCGCAUCCCCCGCGCACCAUCCCCGGCUCGCCGGAGCCGCCUCUCCCGGCCGCGUCCUCCCCGGCGGGGCUCGGGCAGCCGGCUGGGGGGCGAGUGGGAAUUUUUUUUUUUUUACAUUUUCUUUUAUUUUUCAGGGGGUGGGGGCGCGGGGCGGGCGGGGGGUCCGGGGCUCCUGUGGCUUUUCCGGGGGGUCCGGGCCCCCGGCCCCGCGCCCCUGCCCUCCUCCGGCGGCCGCCCGCCGGCGGGCCGGGCCGCGGCGGCGACGAGCACCAUGAUGAUGUCCCUGAGCAGCAAGCAGCCCUUCGGCCUCCCCCACGGCGCCGGCGGCGGCGGCGGCCUCCACGAAACCAAGUACUCGGCCCUGCACACCGCCUCGCCCUGCCCCUCCGCCGGCGCCGCCGCCCCCGCCGCCAGCUCCCCCAGCAGCACCGGCACCGGCGGCUCCGCCGGACGCGGCUCCAGCUCCGGCUCCGGCCCCGGCUCCGGCUCCGGCAGCGGCGGCUCCGGCUCCGGCUCCGGCUCGGGCUCCGGCCCCGGCGGCGGCGGCGGCGGCGGCGCGGAGGCGAUGCGGAGGGCCUGCCUGCCCGCCCCUCCGAGCAAUAUAUUCGGCGGUCUGGACGAAAGCCUGCUGGCCCGCGCCGAAGCCCUGGCAGCGGUGGACAUCGUCUCCCCGAGCAAGAGCCACCACCACCACCCGCCGCACCACAGCCCCUUCAAGCCGGACGCCACGUACCACACCAUGAACACCAUCCCCUGCACCUCGGCCGCCUCCUCCUCCUCGGUGCCCAUCUCCCACCCGUCCGCCCUGUCGGGCACCCACCACCACCAUCACCACCACCACCACCACCACCACCAGCCCCACCAGGCGCUGGAGGGGGAACUCUUGGAGCACCUGACGCCGGGGCUGGCGCUGGGGGCCAUGGCGGCCCCCGACGGCGCCGUGGUCUCCACGCCGGGCCACGCGCCCCACAUGGCCGGCAUGAACCCCAUGCACCCGGCGGCGCUGGGCAUGGCCCACGCCCACGGGCUGCCGGCCCACAUGGGCUGCAUGAGCGACGUGGACGCCGACCCCCGCGACUUGGAGGCCUUCGCCGAGCGCUUCAAGCAGCGCCGCAUCAAGCUGGGGGUGACCCAGGCCGACGUGGGCUCGGCGCUGGCCAACCUGAAGAUCCCGGGGGUGGGCUCCCUCAGCCAGAGCACCAUCUGCCGCUUCGAGUCCCUCACGCUCUCCCACAACAACAUGAUCGCCCUCAAGCCCAUCCUGCAGGCCUGGCUGGAGGAGGCCGAGAAGUCCCACCGCGAGAAGCUGGCCAAGCCCGAGCUCUUCAGCGGCGCGGAGAAAAAGCGCAAGCGGACCUCCAUCGCCGCCCCCGAGAAGCGCUCGCUGGAGGCCUACUUCGCCCUCCAGCCCCGGCCCUCCUCCGAGAAGAUCGCCGCCAUCGCCGAGAAGCUGGACCUCAAGAAGAACGUGGUCCGCGUCUGGUUCUGCAACCAGCGCCAGAAGCAGAAGCGCAUGAAGUACUCGGCCGGCAUCUGAGCCGGCGGCUGCGCGGCAGCGGAGGAUCGCCAGCACCAUCAGCGUCGGCAAAAAAAUUAAAAUUAAAUCAUCGCCAACAACAACAACAACAAAACAGAAAAGGAGGAAAAAAAAAAAAAACAAACAACCA